AUGAGCCUGAUCGCGCCCAAGUUCUACAGUACCCAAGACGCCCGCGUCCCCCGUGUUUCGAGAAAGGUUGCUCGUCCCCACAAGCUCCGGGCCUCGAUCACCCCGGGUACCGUGCUCAUCCUCCUCGCCGGUCGUUUCCGCGGCAAGAGAGUGGUGUACCUUAAGCACCUCGAAGACAACACCUUGUUGGUCACCGGUCCCUUCAAGGUCAACGGUGUCCCCUUGAGAAGAGUCAACGCCAGAUACGUCAUUGCCACCUCGACCAAGGUCGACGUCUCCGGUGUCGACGUCGCCAAGUUCGACGUCGCCUACUUCGCCCGCGAAAAGACCCCCAAGGACCAAAAGUCCGAAGCCGCCUUCUUCGACGAAAACGCCCCCAAGAAGGAAAUCAAGGCCGAAAGAGUCGACGACCAAAAGAAGGUCGACGCCGCUUUGUUGGCCACCAUCAAGAAGACCCCCUUGCUCAAGCAAUACUUGAGCGCGUCCUUCUCGUUGAAGUCGGGUGACAAGCCCCACUUGUUGAAGUUUUAG